AGGACAUGAGUCCCAGCCAAGUCUUUCUGAUGAAGCACUUGGAGGAGGAUGAGAGGCAAGCUCAACAAGCAAAGAUGAUCUUGGAGGAGCUGAGCCCCGCAAGUUUGGUCUUUCGCCAGAAACACGUGGAACACGAGGACUCACCGCAGUCGAAGCAACUGAUCGAGGAGGUUUCUCCCAGAGUCUCACCUCGUGCCGCAACGCCCAAGGUGUCGGUGUCGCCAAGAGUCUCACCUCGACCCGAAGCGUUCCAAAUGCCCAAGGAGGACUCGCCCAGAGUUGAAGCCCCGCGCCCCGAAGCCUUCCGAGUUCCCAAAGCAGUUUUCAGUGGACCUCGGGCCGAGGCACCGUUUUGUCCACCCGUGUGGCUGGACCCCCUUCCAGGCGAAUCCUUGAUGGACCUCUCCAGCACUGAGAAGCCCGUGGUGAACGCCUCGGACGACCUGCCGCCUCCGCCCGAACCACCUGAGGACCCGCCUGAGAGCGAUCCUGAGUCUCCCGAUUCUCCAGAGUGCAGUCGUGCCUUUGUGGGGCAACCCUUGGAGUUUUUCUCCAAGACAGCGCAGCGCUGGCUCCCCUGUGAAGUGAUCAACGUUCGCAGCGACCUGGCCAUCAUGGUGACCGUGAAACCCAACACCUGGCUCUCCUUGGAGGACCAAAGGAUACGGAUACGAGAGCCGCAAGUGAAGGAUCGAGGCGUGGAACAGGACCAUCAGCAAGACUUGGGCCAGCUGAUGGUGGGCCAGGCAGUUGAAUAUUUCAGCGCGUCAGCAGGGCGAUGGAUUCCCUGUGAAGUCACCAUGGUGGACGCGGAGCAGUCCGUCCAGCUGGACGUGAAGCCGGGUGCCUGGAUCCCCCGGCGGCACCAGCUCUCGCGGCUGCGCCGGGCUGCGCAGCCCGUAGUGCCGGGGGCGGAUGGCAGGGCGUCCGCCAAGGCAUCCAGCUCGGGUUACCGCCAAGAUACGAAAGCGCUGGAGUACUAUUCCUUGAACCUCACUGCAUGGAUCCCAUGUGUGAUCUUGGAGGAGGGCGCCUCCGGCAAUGUGGUCAUCGAUGCCCUGCCAUACGCUUGGAUCACUCCAGCGCAGCAGGCCAGUUACCUGAGACCUGCUGCUGCGCCAGGACUCCAACUCAGAAUACCACUGAUUGGUGACAAGGUGGUGUACUUCUCCGCUUCACAUAAGCGCUGGAUUCCCACCAUCGUCACAGACGUGGGUGACAGGGAUGAAGUGGAGUUGGAGAUCAAGCCUGGUGUGUGGCUCCAGCGUGAGGCGCAGCAACGCGUGCUGCGCUGGUGCGCCAGCAAGCUUUGACCGCUGCUGGUCAUGCUAGUUGCAUCUGACUUGAUGCCUUUAGCUGACCACCAUGUGAGGAUAUGUUCAAGAUGUUUCAACAUUUUCAUCAUGGUUGGAGCGGAAGAUAUUUGCAUAUAUUUGCUACGGUUGGGUGAC